AUGCCGCGCAAGCCUACACCUGCAGGCAAGCAAAGGGUCAGGACCGGUUGUUUGACCUGUCGCAAGAGACGACGAAAAUGCGAUGAGCAGAAGCCGCGAUGUGCCAAUUGUGAAGUCAAGGGUUUCUCUUGUAAAUAUGGAUCUGACUUGGCUUUCGUGCCACCCAAGUCUGGCCAAGCUGCUGGCGGGACAAGGCAGGCCUACAAUUCGAUCACUUUUGUCGAUGACUCCCCAGCAGCGCGAACUUCAGCCAACAAAGAGAAAUCAAGAUCUAGACAGUCACCUCUCUCAGGUGACCAGUCGGAUUUGCAUGAGGGAGUCAUUCAACCAGUUAAGGCGCAAUUUGGAAACGAUGCUACGUUUAAUAAUAUCCUCAACUCGAAUGAGCCAGUUGAUUAUCCAGGCCCAUCGAGCUUGGAACAUGGGCCGGAAAUGCUGCUCAAUACGGAAGAGCAACGGGUGUCUAUUCCUUAUCAUGGCUAUCUUGGUUUCGCUGCAAGCUACCAGAGGCUAGUGCACAGGCCUACACCUGCGAAUACCAGCUAUGAGACAGAUCUGCUUCGACAUUUCCGCUACCAUGUUGGUCCGUGGAUAGACACUGGGGAUUCCAAUUGUGCCCUGGGGGUUCAAGUUCUUCUUCACAGUCGGACGAACAGGAGCUUACAGGCUGCUGUACUUGCACUCUCUGCAGGGCAGAGGUCACUCAUCUCACUUAUGAAUAGUGAUGAUAUUGAGAAUAUUCUCCGCUUUCGAAAAGAGGCGGAGGAGGAAGAAAUUUCACCGCAAACAGAUGUGGAAAGACAUGCAGGAAAAGCUUUACUAUUACUACAAGAGCUAUUACCUGCAGGGCUACAGCAAUGGCGGAGUAUUAUUGCCUCUAGAGUUGAGUAUGCAGGAGGAUUCAUGUCACCAACUGACCUAGCCCAAGGACUUGGAGAUGCCCUCUUUUGGUUCUAUUUCCAACUUGAUCUUGCAGCUUCAAUCUCCGAUCUCAAAUCACCGAUAACUCCAUUUUGCUCAUUUGUCAAGCGAGAUGGAACUCCUCUACACGACUCGCAUUUUACCACCUCCAAGAGCUCCGUGAUUAAGGCUUAUCAACACAUCUUAUGCCACCUAGGACAUUGUUUAGCGCUGAUAUAUGGGAAAUCAGACGGAUCAUCUCCAUAUGCAGCUGGCUCUCCAAGGCUAGCAGCCUUUUCAUCUUUACGACAGUCUCACUUCCUCUCUCAAUGGGCAAUCCUGUGGAAUGACUGCCAAAAAUGGUAUCACGAGCGUCCCGUUGAUGUCCAGCAAAUUGUGGAUGUUCGUGGCAGCGAGGCAGAUCAAAUUGAUCCGGAUCAUGACUCGUCAUUCCCGAUCUUGAUAUACACGACACCUGUAGCGCUGGUCGCUAAUGCUGUUUACCAUAUCACCUCUCUCCUUCUUCUCAACCACAAACCCCGACUUUUGAAAUCGCUCCCUGGUCCAAGGAGCUUCACUUCACAUAUAUGGCAUGCACAAUCCAUUGCUGGCAUUGCAGUCAGUAAUGACUCACCUGAGCAGUGGGAUCCGAUACUGGUUACAGGCCUGUUAUUGGUUGCGAAAGAAAUGACACAUCACUCCCAGCAGAAGGUUCUAUUGGAGAGAUUGAAGAUCAUUACUUCAACUACGGGGAUGAACCUUGAACGUGAAACUGAGACCCUCCAGGCUGCAUGGAGGAUGGCAAGAUAUGAUGAGGAACUUGAAGCGGAAGGAAAUGAUGGAUAG